CAAUGGUUUCCUGAAUCCGGAAAAAAAACAGUUUAGAUUCUUUUUCCAAUCAUGUCUCUCUCCGGUUCGUUCCGAACAGUUUCCGUGCUAUUCCUUGUUCAUUUAGUGGUUCUAGUCGUUUUCACACUGCAACCUGCAGAAACGCGGAGGUUGGCUGCGGUUAACACUACAACCUCUGCAUUUUUUGUGUUCGGUGACUCUACAGUUGAUUCUGGCAACAACAACUACAUUCCAACUGUUAGUCGGAGCAACUUCCCGCCCUACGGCAAGGAUCUUCCCGACCACAUUGCCACCGGAAGGUUUACUAACGGCAAGCUCGUCACUGACUUCUUGUCUUCUUAUGCUGGGAUCAAAGACAUGAUACCACCCUACUUAGACCCAACGCUCACCGUCGAAGACCUCAAGACCGGAGUUUGUUUUGCUUCUGCCGGCACUGGCUUCGAUCCCCUUACUGCCCGAAUCAAUGGGGUGAUUCCUAUACAAAAGCAAUUGAAAUAUUUCAAAGAGUACAAAUCAAGAAUGGAGGUGGAGAUUGGAAAGGAGAAAACGAGAAGGCUGAUAAGUAGUGCUUUUAUUCUAAUAAGCGCGGGUACUAACGAUUUUAUGGUUAAUUACUAUGGGCCCACCCAAAUUCGAAGCAAAACCUACAAUAUUUCUGGCUAUCAGGAAUUCUUAUUACAGCAAGGCCAACAACUCAUUCAGGGACUAUUGGGAUUGGGAGCAAGGAAGAUUGCCUUUGUGGGAUUGCCACCAAUAGGAUGCGUGCCAGCUGUCAUCACGCUUAAUUCGGACAACGCUCUUACUCACCGCGGCUGCAUCCAGCGCCUCUCCGCCGUCGCCCGCCGUUAUAAUACUUUGCUCCAAAUCAAAUUGGCGGCUAUACAAAAGCAGAUUCCCGCCUCCACUAUCGUAUAUGUCGAUAUAUUUAAUCCCAUAGAUCGCAUGGUCAAAAACCCCAAACAAUACGGAUUUGAGAAUGUGAACAUGGGUUGCUGUGGAAGCGGAAUGAUUGAAUUUUCGGUAAUGUGUAAUAAGUUCUCUCCAGUCUGCUUGGACAAUUCAAAGUAUCUCUUCUGGGAUUCCGUACACCCAACUCAAGCCGCUUACUAUUCUGUUUUUCUGGGCCUCCGUCCUCUUGUCGAUCGAUUUAUGCACAUUUAGCUAUUUUUGUUUCAAAUUUACAUACUUUUAUUUAUUUUUGUGCACGUGUGUAAAGAUUCUACUUAGCUUGUCCAAAUGUAAUAUCAACAGCGUAUUGUAUUCUAAAAUAAGGAGGUCUUCACAAUUUAAUGAAAAUUGAGGGACAAGAAAAUUCUUAUA